UUUGCUGUCGGUGUGAUGCUUUAUGCGAGAAAAGAGAGGAGUCGAGCCGACGAUUGGGGAGCAAGGAGAGAAGAAAAUAGAUAGAUGCAAUACAGUCAAUAGUGAGAAAUAAAAAACAAAAUGAUUAGAAAAGGUUAGAGUACUAUUUUUAAGGAUAAAUUAAUUUAUAAAUAGAAGAUUAAAUUGAGAGUACCAAACGAGAGAAACCCCACAAAAUCAAUAUUAUAACAGAAAAAAGUCGGAGGGUUCGGGUCGAGGUGCUUCAUCCACACCCAGCGAAUCCUCGCCGCGGGAGUCACGCAACCGCCGUCUCCUCGCCGGCACGCUUCGCCGCCGCCGCCUCUCUCCUCCUCGUCUCAACCGCCGCCUGCACACGCAGAAAAGGAGGGAGAAUAAGAGGAUCAGCAAACCCCAAGCCCUCCACUCGUCGCCCCCUGCUGCAAUCGCCCCACCCGCCUCCGCCCGCCGCCGCUUCUCCUCACCGUUCUCUUCCUUCCCAGGCCGUUCAUAGCAAGCGACCGCAGACGUUUUGACUUUUGAGCGUUGUUGAUACGGUCACUCUUUCCCCAGUUCCUCUCCCGCGACAUCUCAGUUCUUCAUCACCAAAAGAUGGUCGGCGGCGGCAACGAGUUCCGUUUCUUCUUGUCCUGCGACAUCAGCCACCCGCUUGCCUUCCGUGUUCUCCACGCAGAACAUAUCUUGUUGACCGACCAAAAAGUCCCAGAGCUCUUUGUUGAGUGCAAGCUAUACAUCGAUGGGAUCCAAUUUGGGUUGCCUGUAAAAACAAGGUUGGAACCUUCUGGACCGAAAUACUGUUGGAAUGAGCUCAUAACAUUAAGUACCAAAUACAGGGACCUAACAUCCCUCUCGCAGCUUGCAUUUACGGUGUGGGAUGUCUCAUCUGGUGAGAACCCUGAGGUUGUCGGUGGAGCCACCAUAUUUCUUUUUAACAGCAAAAGGCAGCUUAAAACAGGAAGACAGAAGCUGCGGCUGUGGCCCACAAAGGAGGCAGAUGGAGGAGUCCCCACCACAACUCCUGGCAAGGUUCCUAGGAAUGAGAGGGGUGAGAUAGAACGUUUGGAAAGGCUUGUUAACAAGUAUGAGAGAGGGCAGAUACAACAUGUUGAUUGGCUUGAUCGUCUUGCCUUCAGUGCUAUGGACAAAGCUAUGGAAAAAGAGUGUGAGAGGAAGGCCAAUUUGUACCCUAGUCUGGUUGUUGAAUUGUGCAGUUUCGAACAUAGAAUUGUCUUCCAGGAAUCUGGAGCAAAUUUUUAUACACCGGCCCCAGUAUCAUUAUCAAAUGAACUGGUUACUGUAUGGGACCCUGAACUUGGAAGAACCAAUCCAUCUGAGCACAAGCAGUUAAAGCUUGCUAGGAGCUUGACUCGUGGGAUAGUUGAUAGAGAUCUAAAACCAAGCUCAAAUGAGAGAAAGUUACUACAAACAAUUAUUAAGUUUCCUCCUACACGCACCUUGGAAGUGGAUGAGAAGCAAUUGGUGUGGAAGUUUCGUUUCUCUUUGAUGUCUGAGAAGAAAGCUCUAACGAAAUUUGUCCGCUCAGUGGAUUGGAGUGAUAACCAAGAAGCUAAGCAAGCUGUUGAGUUGAUUGGAAAGUGGGAAAUGAUUGAUGUGGCUGAUGCACUAGAGCUUCUCUCACCUGAUUUUGAAAGCGACGAAGUUCGUGGUUAUGCUGUCAGCGUACUUGAAAGGGCUGAUGAUGAAGAAUUACAGUGCUAUUUACUCCAGUUAGUGCAAGCUCUUCGGUUUGAAAGAUCUGACAAGUCCCGUCUAGCACUCUUUCUUGUAAACCGUGCUUUGUCCAACAUCGAAAUUGCUAGCUUCCUCCGGUGGUAUAUAUUAGUUGAGCUUCACAGUCCUGCAUAUGCAAGACGAUAUUAUGGCACAUAUGACAUGCUUGAAAACAGUAUGAUGAAAUUGGUUGGUAGGGAGGAUGGGGAUGAAGAUGGAUUUCGACUGUGGCAGAGUUUAACCCGGCAGACAGACCUCACUGCUCAAUUGUGUUCUAUUAUGAAGGAUGUAAGAAAUGUAAGAGGUAGCGCACAAAAGAAAAUUGAAAAAUUGAGGCAGCUAUUAUCAGGAGUUUUCAGUGAGCUUACAAACUUUGAUGAGCCAAUUCGUUCACCAUUAGCACCAACUCUUCUCCUAACAGGAGUUGUGCCUCAAGAAUCGUCUAUAUUUAAGAGUGCCUUGAACCCUUUGCGCCUGACAUUUAAAACAGCAAAUGGCGGAACAUCCAAGAUUAUUUACAAAAAGGGUGAUGACCUCCGGCAAGAUCAGUUGGUUAUUCAAACGGUUUCUUUGAUGGACCGACUACUCAAAUUAGAAAAUCUAGAUUUGCACCUUACUCCAUACCGAGUUCUUGCAACUGGACAAGAUGAAGGGAUGCUUGAAUUUAUUAGUUCCAGUUCUCUUGCACAGAUUCUAUCAGAACAUCGCAGUAUUACAAGUUACCUACAGAAGUUCCAUCCUGAUGAGGAUGGUCCUUUUGGUAUAACGGCUCAAUGUUUGGAGACAUUCAUAAAAAGCUGCGCCGGUUACUCUGUCAUUACAUACAUAUUGGGGGUUGGAGACAGGCAUCUGGAUAAUCUUCUUCUAACUGAUGAUGGACGCCUUUUUCAUGUUGACUUUGCUUUUAUCCUUGGGCGAGACCCAAAGCCAUUUCCGCCACCGAUGAAGUUGUGUAAGGAAAUGGUUGAGGCCAUGGGUGGUGCAGAAAGCCAAUAUUACACAAGGUUCAAGUCCUACUGCUGCGAAGCAUACAACAUUCUGAGGAAGUCCAGCAGUCUCAUUUUGAAUCUAUUCAAGCUGAUGGAGCGAUCAGGCAUUCCGGACAUCUCUGCCGAUGAAAGCGGAGGUCUCAAGCUCCAGGAGAAAUUCCGGUUGGAUCUGGACGACGAGGAGGCUAUACAUUUCUUCCAGGAUCUUAUCAACGAUAGCGUGAGUGCUCUGUUCCCUCAAAUGGUUGAGACCAUCCAUAGAUGGGCUCAAUAUUGGCGGUAACACAAGCUAAUGUCGUAGAAGCAAGUGUGAAUCUGUACAUGCUGACUGUCACAAGCCACGGUAAUAAGCGAGAAACGACACUGAUGGAUGGAAGCCUAGGCGCCUAGCAUUUGGGGUUCAAGCUGCGCCGCAUCUGCGAAUUGAUUGGGCUGAUGCAGGGCAUGGGCAAUCUUCUCGUGCCGGUGACACCCAGGAAUUCGGGUUGUCAGUUGUCACUUGUGAUAGUAGAAUUCCGUCACGCACUGCUGUAGACCUAUGGGCAUUCGUCAGAUGUAUAUAUGCGUUAAUGUAUAAAAUCAACUUCAGUAGCAAAUUUGUGAAUACCGGAAUACGUGAUGGUUUAGGGCCUGUUUGUUUACCCCAUGGAUUAUAUAAUCUGGAUUAUUUUUGGAGGAUUAUAUAAUCUGGAUUAUAUAAUCUGAGUAGUUCUGUUUGUUUACCCAGAUUAUUUGAGUUGUUAAUAGGAUUCUUUUGUAUGAGGAAGACAAGAAUGCCCUCUAUAUUUGUACUAGGUUGAAACUCAUAUAUGAGAUGAACAAUGUAACAAACGUUUCUGAGUA